AUGGCCUCCAACGAUGCUCCACAGCGCCUCGGCGUCCCGUCUCGAAAUCCCCUCCCUCUCUCCGCCUCCCAGGAAUCACAAGUCAGAGACAUCUACUACGCCCGAGUACGAAAGCUGUGCUCCGACGAGAUCAAGGCCUUUGCCGACUGCGCCCUCGGCCGCACCUUCACCGUCUCCUUCCAGUGCCGCGAGCAGCACCGCGAGAUGAACUCGUGCCUGACCCGGUUCGCGACGCCGGCGGAGCACGACGCCGCGCGGGAGGAGUGGUUCGCCAUGCGGCUGGAGCGCCAGCGCGAGAGGGAGCGCAAGGCCCGGAUGGCCGCCGCCCAGGAGGAGUUCCUGCGCGAGUGGUGGGCCCUGCCGGAGGAGGUGAGGCUCUCGAGGCCGAAGCCGGAGGGGAUCGAGAGCAGGCCCGAGAGGGUGGGCGGGAUGCCGGCCGCGCAGGCCUCGUCGUCGUCGUCGUCGUCUAGCAGCGGGCGGUAA